GCCCCGACGACUGCCCUCUCCGGCGCCGGGUCUCCUCGUGCAUUGGCCGAGUCCCCACCGGUCCCGCCCCAUCGCUUGCCGAGGCUGCGCAUUGGACGCGGCGUAGCCAAUCGGAGCUGCUUUCGCCGCAGCGCGGAGGCGUGGGCGCCGGAAGCCGUCGUGGGCCCCAGAAGCCAUCGUGGGCCCCGGAGGCGGAGCCUGGGUCCGCACAGGCUCUAGGGGGCCGCAGCCGGGCCGGUGUGGCAGGGCUCGGAGAGGGUUCGUGUGGUGUGGCGCCGGCAUGGGCCUGCUGAGCGGGGUGGCCCGCUGCCUGGUGCGGGGCGCCGACCGGAUGAGCAGGUGGACCAGCAAGCGGGGCCCGCGCACCUUCUGCAAGGGCCGCGGCGCCAAGGGCACCGGCGUCCACGGCCGCGGCGGGAAGUUCGUGCAGGUCCGGGAGAUGGUCCCGGAGCUGGUGGUGCCCGACCUGGCCGGCUUCCGGCUCAAGCCCUACGUGAACUACCGCGCCCCGGCCGGCGCGGACGCGCCCCUGACGGCCGAGCAGCUCUUCCGGGACGCGGCGGCUCCUGCCAUCGAGAGGGACUUCCGGGACGGCACCUUCGAUCCCGAGCGCCUGGACAAGUACGGUUUCGAGCCCACCCAGGAGGGCAAACUCUUCCAGCUGUACCCCAAGAACUUCCCGCGCUAGGAGCGGGACGGCGCCGGGCCCGAGCGGCGGACUGCGCCCCGCCGCCCU